AUGGAACGCACAGCGCGAGCGAAGAUGCAUCUGAAUCGAAAAAAUCAUCAGCAACGCAAAGCAAUUGAUGCGUGGACGGAGCUCAUCGCGUUUGGGCAGGGCAGCGCUGCUACUAGGACUCAGCGCUACAGCCCUGUCAAAAACAUGCUCAUAAUCAUAAGUUCUUUUGGCUUCCUCACAACUACACUCGCCUCGUUAACUAGGGGUAGCUAUUCAGACGAAUUCGCCCGGACAAAAAUGCUGCCGUUGGCAGCAGCCGCCUAUAGUGGCCAACCGCAAGAAUGCCUUGAGAAUAGAUUUACUAAUGCUACGCUCAGCCUGCAAUUGAGCACCAUAUGUGGGCCUUCCGGUAAUAAUGAUGUAUGUUCUGGAUUCACGGCUGUGAUUCACAGCAGCAAGGCUAUUGUUCUCAGUUUCAGGGGCACAACCACAAAUGUUCAACUGGCAGCCGAAGGAGAAUUGAGUGUUCUGCAUGUAAAGGUCCCGUGGUUAAUGGGAGGUGAAGUUUCGCUGUACUUUCGCGACGCUUUCAUGACUUUGUGGAACAAAGGAAUGGGCGCUGAUUUCGAAAAGCUCACAGCAAUGUAUCCUGAAUACGAUGUUUGGGUGACCGGACAUUCUCUUGGAGCUGCUUUGGCCACACUGGCCGCCUCUUACAUUGUUGCGGCCAAUCAUGUUCCAUGUAGCAAGGUGUUUGUGAUCACAUUUGGGCAACCACGAGUUGGUGACUCUACCUUUGCAAGGGCUUAUGAAGAAAAGAUGGGCUACAGCUUUCGCGUUACGCACUGGAGAGACUGGGUUCCUCAUAUUUUAGCCGAGAAAUUCUUCAACUACUAUCACCAUUCACCAGAG